CGAUCUCACCUCACCUUCAAAUUCAAUAAACCUUCAGAGCUCUUCCCUCAAAAGUAACCCUAGCCUCCUCCACCGCCGCCGCUGUUCUUCUUACUGCUGCUGUCCAUCGCGCUCACGAUCUUCGUCUGUUAUUCAUGCUCCAGCCUCUCUCCUCAUUCGCCAAUAUCCAGCUUCUUCGUCGUGCUCGUUGAGUCGGUGUGCUCCAACCCCAAUUCCUGCUCACUCGCGCUUCGCCCGCCGUCCCUCGCCGUCCCUCGUUGUCUGUCGCCGUCAACAUUAAAUUUCAAGUUUGGAAUUUAGCAAAACAAGCAAUCCAGAGAAAAUCAUCAACAGAGUCAAGCAUUAUCAAAUCUUUCAGCAACAAUGAGCAGUUCAAGUUCAACAACAGCCAUCAAUAACAGUUCAGUCCCUGGUUGAGGUUGAUAUUAAGCAACUUCCCGAAUAGAUUGAUAUUAUGGAAGCAAUUUCGGUUUUCGAAUCACACUCUCCAUUGGAGGCUUUUUUUAGUUCGCGCAACACAUUAGCCUCACUAGCUUGUAGCCCCUUUCACCUCAUCUUCUAUGAUGUUCUUCUUCCUCUUCACUUUCUUUUCUCGUUUCUCUUUCUAUCUUCACCUUUUAACGUUAGCAACCAAAUAACACAAAUAUAAGAUGACACUCUACAUGCCAUUGUUCAGGACAUGUUCUACCUUAAGAUCACUCACCCAGCUCCAUGCCCAUCUUAUCGUAACUGGACUCCACAACGACCCACUUCCCUCCACAAAGCUCAUUGAGUCAUAUUCUCAAAUGGGUUCCCUCCAUUCAUCAAGGCUCGUUUUUGACACCCACCCAUCUCCUGAUUCCUUCAUGUUAGGUGUCCUCAUCAAGUGUUAUCUCUGGAACCACCUUUUUCACCAAGUGGUUUCACUCUACCAUAGUCACAUUCACAUGGGUAGCUUCGUUUUUGUGUACCCUUCUGUUCUGAAGGCUGUCUCUGGUGUUGGGGACUUGGUUACUGGAAGAAAGGUCCAUGGUACGGUGAUUAAGUCUGGCCUCGAAGCAGAUGCUGUAAUUGGAACCUCGUUGUUGGGUAUGUAUGGUGAAUUGUGCUGUUUGGAUGAUGCCCAGAAGGUGUUCGAUGAAAUGCCUCAGAGGGACUUGGUUUCGUGGAGUUCUGUUAUCUCUUGUUAUGUUGAGAAUGGAAGGCCCAGUGAAGGGUUGAAGAUGUUUCGCCGGAUGGUUUCGGAGCAAAUUAGUCCUGACAAGAUCACUUUGCUUAGUGUAGCCGAAGGUUGUGCUAAAGUUGGUUGCCUGAGGCUGGUGAAAUCAAUCCACGGGUAUGCAAUCAGAAGUGACAUGGUUGGUGAUGCCAGUUUGAGUAAUGCACUUAUCAUUAUGUAUGGCCAAUGCGGUCACUUGCAAAGAGCAGAAGGGCUCUUUAAAUUCCUCGCUGAUCGAAGUACUGCCUGUUGGACUUCUAUGAUUUCGUCCUAUAAUCGAAAUGAGUGCUUUAGAGAAGCACUUGCGAGUUUUAUCCGGAUGCAGGAGUCACAAGUGGAACCAAAUGCAGUGACAAUGAUUAAUGCUCUGUAUCCAUGUGCUAGAUUAGGCCGGUUGAAAGAGGGGAAGUCAGUUCAUUGCUUUAUUUUAAGAAAAGCAAUGGAUUUAGGAGAUCUUGAUCUCGGUCCUCCGCUAGUGGAGUUUUAUGCUGCAUGUUGGGAACCAAGUAGUUGUCAUAAACUUCUUUAUAUAACUGAAAAUAUUGUGUCAUGGAAUAUACUUAUAUCGUUUUAUGCUAGGGAGGGUUUACAUGACAAUGCAAUGGUACUCUUUGCUAAUAUGUUGGGUAAGGGGUUAAUGCCGGACUCAUAUAGCCUAGCAAGUUCUAUUUCAGCGAGUGCGAGCAUUGGUUCGAUAGAAUUCGGACAGCAGAUACACAACCAUGCCAUGAAAAGAGGCUUCAUAGAUGAAUUUGUUCAGAACUCCUUGAUAGACAUGUAUUUAAAAUGCGGCUUUGCAGACUUGGCAUACCUGGUUUUUGACAAGAUUACAGAAAAAAGCAUUGUGACAUGGAACUGCAUGAUUUCUGGGCUUUCUCAGAAUGGGCUUUCGGUAGCAGCACUCAAACUAUUUGAUCAGAUGUACUUCAAUUGUCUGAAAAUUGAUGAAGUAACCUUGUUAUGUGCAAUUCAAGCUUGUUCCAAUUUGGGCUAUCUUGAGGAGGGAAAAUGGAUUCAUCAUAAGAUCAUUGUAUUUGGUGUACAGAGUGACCUUUAUAUUAAUACAGCCUUGGUUGAUAUGUAUGCCAAAUCUGGAGACCUUCAAACAGCCAAACGAGUUUUCGAUAUCAUGCCAGAGAAAAGCGUGGUGACAUGGAGUGCCAUGAUUGCUGCUUAUGGUGUACACGGUCAAAUGAUUGCGGCUGGUUCACUCUUCACAAAAAUGGUAGAGUCAGGCAUCAGACCAAAUGAAGUAACCUUCAUGAAUAUCUUAUCUGCAUGCAGGCAUGCUGGAUCAAUGGAGGCUGGAAAAUUCUAUUUCAACUCGAUGAGGGAUUAUGGCAUAGAGCCUAACAUAGAACAUUUUGCCUCUAUAGUCGACCUCCUAAGCCGCGCUGGCGAUCUUGAUGGAGCGCACAAAAUAAUUAAAUCAAUGCUCUUCCCUAUAGAUUCUAGCAUAUGGGGAGCUCUACUUAACGGAUGCCGAAUUCACGGUAGGAAAGACCUGAUUCGACAAAUCAACAAAGACCUUCAAGAAAUAAGCACAGAUGAUACAGGGUACUAUACGUUGUUAUCUAAUAUAUAUGCCGAAGGAGGAUACCUCCAAGAAUCCAGAGCGGUGAGAACAAAGAUGGAAGGGAUGGGACUAAAGAAGGUUCCUGGGUAUAGCACUGUUGAGGUUAAUAAGAAAAUCUACAGAUUUGGAGCUGGGGAUGCUUCUGAAUGUAGAGAAAUUUACAUGUUUGAAAAACACUUACGAAGUUUGGGACAACUAUGUGACAUUGAAGGCUAUAAUAGUAUAUUUUCUGAGGAUUAUAAUGUUAAGAGCUUGCAGAGAAAAGCUAGUAGUUAUAUUUGCAAUAAAUUGGUCACACUUUAGAAAUAAUGGCAUACUUUAAAAACUUAAGGACCUUUUCCAAAACCUUUUAGAAGUAGAGUCAAACUUAACCUUUUGUUAUUGUUACUGAUUGAUGCUUGCUUGAUCAUACCUAGGUAAAUUACAUUAACCUCCCUUGUUAAGAAACAUUACACUCAACAUGCGUUGUUGAUCAUCCCAAAAAAGAGGCCAAUGUAAUGUUUAGUGUGACAUUCUAUAAAAUACAAGAAUACAGUGUGCUAUAAUUUAAAUAAGAUAUAAGAUAUAUUUACAAAUAGAGAGGUAGCAUAUGUAUAUCGCCUAACUCAAACGAGGUUAGCACUAGUUAGUAUUAUGCCUCAUAAGAUGGAGAAACCCUAAACUUGAACCAAUCUCUUGCUGCAUCAUGCUAAAGCUUUUGUCACAUGAAAGAUGUUACUUGGACAAAUUUCAUCACCAACUAUUAUGUGAAUGUUACUGCAAGUUUUUAUUUUUUAUUUCUUUUCUAGUAUUCCGCUUCUAUUUAUAAUAUAUUAAAAAUAAACUAAGGUAAACUUAUGCCUGAAGGCAAUUAAAGUCAUUUUGCAAUCCUUAUUUUCGUUAUGCUGAGAGCUUUUGUUUAGCAUGAUAGUCAAUUUUGGAUCAGUAAUUUUGGGUCUAGUUAGUAGGAACUGGUUGGGGGUAACUUGCCUCAGUAGGAUUGGUGGUGUUUGGAUUUGGUCACUAGUUUGGUCAAGAAAGGUGCUCAGAAAAUAACACUUAGUAUUGGUGAUGGGGCCAAUGAUGUUAGCAUGAUUCAAGCUGCUCACGUUGGUGUUGGCAUAAGUGGCUUGGAGGGGAUGCAAGCUGUGAUGGCCAGUGAUUUUGCUAUUGCGCAGUUUCGAUAUCUUGCUGACUUGCUUCUUGUUCAUGACCGGUGGUCAUAUCUUCGAAUAUGCAAGGUGUUAUAUGUUUGCUAAUUAUACAGUUGUUUAUGUGACUUUUUUCUCCUGUUUCAGUGUUUGUAACACCCUUGAAUUUGGUUGUUUCAGGUGAUGACACACUUCUUUUACAAGAAUCUCACAUUCACUCUUACCCAAUUUUGGUUUACAUUUCAAGCUGGGUUUUCUGGCCAGAGAUUCUAUGACGAUUGGUUUCAGUCAUCAUAUAAUGUCAUCUUCACAGCACUGCCUGUGAUCAUUGUUGGACUAUUUGACAAGGAUGUCAGCGCUUCUCUGUCCAAGAAGUAUCCUGAACUAUACAUGGAGGGAACAAGAAAUGAGUUUUUUAAGUGGAGAGUUGUGGCUAUAUGGCCAGUUUUCUCUGUUCAUAUCUUCUCUGUUCAUAGUUUACAUAAGGAUGCAUCACUUUGGCAUGAAACAUUACAUACAUUGAUUGUCACAAAAAAGAGUCCUUUAAUCAAAAUAUCGAUGUUAUUACCAAUUUCCACUUUCAAGAACUACAUACAUUUUACUAUAGAUGUUUAAUUCGUGAUAGUCUUUGCUGCAUUUGCUUUAAUUUAAUGAUAAUCACUUUCACAAGAUAACCUUUUUAUUUUUUCUGUGUCCUUUUUUAUUAAUGGACACUUGCAUCUAUGGUAUGAGUGGACUAAUAAGGAAGCCGACAACUGAAAAGAAAAGCACACUGGGUUUGCUUUCGAUUCACCUGGUCGCGAGUCAUUUUUUGCCGCACUGCUUGGUGUAUUUGCUCCAACAAAGGCAUGAGAUGUUGCAAGACGUGCUAGCAUGAAAUCUCUCGGCCAAAGAUUGGACAUAAGUAAUCAGACAACAAAGAAACUUGGAGGAAGAUGCUUGUACAUUGACCGUAGUUUUGGUUUUUCAUUGAGAGGCAGCCUAGGAUUGUUACACAUGUAUAUUCCACUAUUUUAGUUUCUCACAUCCAUAUUUUUCCCCCUAGAAAAAGAAAAGUGUGAAUCAAUUUUCAUUU